AGGCCCGGUGCAAAACACAUUGUUAUCCAAAGAAAAUAUGAACAGUUGCGGAUCAAUUUAAAGUGAAUCUACUUUGUAUGUAAAUAGUGGUUAUGGCAGACGAAAGAUUCCAGUACGAGUCAUCUAUCUCGAAUGACGAUCAUGUCGAACCGGAUUCCGUCGAGGAUGCCGUUACCACAGAAAUGAGAGAACUUGAUGAGCAGGUUGAGGAGAUCGAAGCACGGGUUAAGUCGAUAGAAGAAGAACAUCGUAGGGAGAUUAAUCGUGUGUUGUAUGAUUUUCCAUCGGAGGAACUGUCCGUGUCAACUGGGAUUGAUCAGAGAAUAGAAACGGAUACUCGCUCCAUCUACAUUGGAAAUGUUGAUUACGACGCUACGACUGAGGAGUUGGAAGAUCUGUUUCGUGACUGCGGUACCAUCAAUCGUGUGACCAUUCGUCGCAAUAUCGUCGGUCAAUCGAAGGGCUUUGGCUACAUCGAGUUUGAUGCCAUAGAAUCCGUCGCACUGGCGACUGCGAUGACUGGAACUCUUUUCCGUGGGCGUCAAAUAAAAGUAGAACAGAAACGCACCAACCAGCCGGGGAUGUCCACAUCUAAUCGAUUCUCGCGCCAACUUCGAGGACGAGAAUCACCAAUGAGCUCACGAUCGUCACGCGCAACGAACAGCAGAUACCGCGGAAGAGCUACAUUCUAUGAACCAUAUUAGGAUCGGUCAAUCCGAAUCAAUGUUGUUAUAUAGUGGUGAACUUAAGAUUAUAAUUUUUAUAUAAAAACCAAAUCUUCAGAAAUAA